UCUGAGAGCAGUAAUCCAGUAUUGCAUGUCACUCUUCUUGGUGGUGAGUGGGGUUCAUCUGCUGGUGGGUUGUCAACAUUAAACAGAGAGCUUGCUAUUCACCUUUCAAAUCAUUCAGCAGUGAACGUUUCUCUGCUAGUCCCAGAGGGGGCUUGCAAUAAUGAGGAAAAAAAUGAAGCCCAUACCUAUGGAAUCACUAUUGUUGAGACAAAGCGACGUGCAGCAUUCGAUCGUCUUGAUUGGUUAAGCUUUCCACCCCAUGAGCACCUCAUGGACAUCGUUGUUGGCCAUGGUGUAAAACUUGGUCGGCAAAUACAGGUCAUAAAAGACUCUGCUCGAUUUCCAAAUUGUAAGUGGGUACAAGUGGUGCACACUGCUCCAGAGGACCUAAGCAGAUACAAAUGCUACACUGAUCCCAUUUCAAAAGGUGAAACAAAACACGAAUCAGAAGUUGAACUUUGCAAACUUGCUGAUCUUGUUGUACCUGUGGGACCCAGACUGAACGAAGCAUACUCAUCAUAUUUACAGCGAUAUAAGACAGGUCAAGACGUUUUGUCCAUUACUCCCGGCCUUUUUCAAAGGGAGUUUGGGGAUUUAAUACAAACCCCUAAUGAACAUGCUGAGUUUAAAGUGUUGCUAUUUGGUCGUGGGGAUGAUGAGGACUUUGAACUCAAGGGAUACAACAUUGCUUCUCAAGCAUUCACUAAUCAGCGGUUAAAAAACAAACCUUACCAUCUAAUUUUUGUUGGAGCACCUGAAGGAAAGCAAGAAAAAGUUAGAGAAAAACUUCUUCAACUAGAAAUUGCAGAAGCACAGUUGACUGUUAGAAAAUUUUUGCAAAGUAGAGAGAAACUGAAAGAUUUGUUGUGUGAAGCUGACCUUGCCAUCAUGCCAUCAAAAUCAGAGGGAUUUGGUCUUGUCGCACUUGAAGCUUUGUCUGCAGGUUUACCCAUUCUUGUUGGUAGUAAAUCGGGAUUUGCCAAAGCAUUAGAGAAUGUUCUUCAUGGUAAUGCAUGCAUCGUGAAUUCGGAUGAUCCUGCAGAAUGGGCAAAAGCAAUUGAAGCUGUUCGUAUCAGGCAUGGAAUGAGGCUUCAAGAGAUAAAAUCCCUGAGAGCAUCUUAUGAGGAGAUGUACAGUUGGAAGGAGCAAUGUGAAGCCCUUGUGAACAGAAUGUGGAAAAUGAGUCAUGGUAAGAGUUAA